AAUUCAUUGGAGCAGACGCGCAGUGGAGGCUAGUGUAGUCCCUCAACGAGAAAUUCAUGCCAUCGCCGUUUAAUCAGCGGCCCGUUUAUUUCACACUGGAUACGGAACAAUUAAUCACUUCAUAGAAUAAACGAUCAGUCGAUUACAACCCGGAAUAACGCACACUGCAUGACCUUGCAUUGAAUGUCAUUAUAGACGGAUUUUUUAAAGCACCGACACGGUAAGGUCUUUGGCCACAGCCAUGGAGAUCGUCACGCAUUUAAUCAAUGACACCAUAGAAUUCUACAAAUGGACUCUAACUAUUGCAGACAAGCGAGUGGAGAAAUGGCCUCUGAUGGACAACCCUCUGCCCACGCUGGCUAUCAGCACCUCCUACCUGCUAUUCCUCUGGCUGGGGCCCAAAUACAUGAAGAACAGAGAGCCCUUCCAGCUCCGCAAAACACUCAUUGUCUACAACUUCAGCAUGGUCUUCCUCAACUUCUUCAUUUUUAAAGAGCUGUUUAUGGCAGCGCGGGCAGCAAGCUACAGUUACAUUUGUCAACCUGUGGACUACUCAGAUGACCCAAAUGAAGUCAGGGUGGCAGGAGCUCUGUGGUGGUAUUUCAUCUCUAAGGGCAUCGAGUAUCUGGAUACGGUGUUUUUCAUCCUGAGGAAAAAAUUCAACCAGGUUACUUUCUUGCAUGUCUACCACCACUGCACCAUGUUCACGCUCUGGUGGAUCGGCAUCAAAUGGGUGGCAGGAGGACAGUCGUUCUUUGGUGCACACAUGAACGCAGCAAUCCAUGUGUUGAUGUACCUGUAUUAUGGCCUGGCCUCCUGUGGACCUAAGAUCCAAAAGUACCUGUGGUGGAAGAAGUACUUAACCAUCAUCCAGAUGAUCCAGUUCCACGUCACCAUCGGCCACACAGCCCUGUCCCUCUACGUCAACUGCGAUUUCCCCCACUGGAUGCACUACUCCCUCAUCUGCUACGCCAUCACCUUCAUCAUCCUCUUCGGCAACUUCUACUACCAGACCUACCGCCGCCAGCAGCCCAGACGUGACGCUUCCUCCUCCUCCACCAAAGCAGGCAAGGCCCUCUCUAACGGGACCCUCAACGGACUCAGCAAGGCUGCCAACGGAGCAGCAGUGAUGGUGAGCAAAGAGGAAAAGCCCCAGGAGAACUCUGGGAGGAGAAAGAGGAAAGGAAGAGCUAAAAGAGAUUAGGAGAGGAGGAUCGAGAGAGGUAGAGGUGAGGUAGGGCCUUGCUUUUGGUUCUAGGUUGAUAGUGCUAAAAGAUGAAAGACUAAAUUUGAGGAAGAUUUACUGGAUGGAAACGUUAAAGGUGUGAUGUGUUUAUUUAAGCCAUGAUCUGAGUUGUUGUAGAUAAAAUAUGAGACAGGCUUGUGUUGAGAGAGGAUCAUUCUGUUAGCAAGAGGUGUCAAAGGUCAUGCCCAAGGUGACCGUCAUCACAAAUAACCCAAAAUACAGUAGAGUAUGGUACGGGAUAAAUCUUAGUAUUCCCUCUCUUUAUUGUGGUGCCAAGUGCUGUAGAUAUGGUUUAAAAAGUGACUUUCAGCGACUAAAAACUGAGCCUGGGAAGGAAACAAAGAGUUCACCAGGCCCAUUUGGCAUGCUGGGAAAGCUCCAUUAAAUGCGCCUGAGCCGCUUUAAAAAAAGAUUAUAUACCGAUCUUAUUGUUACUGCUGUACUGAGACAGGAAUACACAACAUAACACAUGCACAAACAUGUCAACUUAUAUUUGAGCGUAUCAUCUUUUUUGUUGUUUACCUUUACAGAUAUAUACCUGAUGAUAAUGUACAGUAUCAUGUCCUUUUUGUCCUAAUCUUAUUCAAGGUGUUGUUGAUGUUAUGUGAGAGAGACUGCAGUUUACAGUUUUAAUGAAUAUACACAUCUGCAGUUAUCCACUUGUAUGUGAACAUGGAGUUAUUUACUCUUAUUUAUUUCGAGUUGUGGACUCAGCCGCCACUUACAUUUGAGCUGUCACCCAUUAGCGCACACUUACAUUCUAAA